AUGGUAUUGAACAAGUGGGCAGUGGUGACCAAGAGCGCUCCGCCUGCGGCAGGUUUGCGGCCACUCGCGCGCACUGUUUCGCCAAAUCCGAAGCUGCGCCCGGCAGACUACAAGAUUCCCUACGUACUUCGCACCUUUAUCAAGGACCGACACUUGAGUGAGAUGCAGCACAUUGAGAACCGUGGCAUGUACCGCGAGGAGCUUUCGAUUGAGCGGUCACGCUUCCCACGUAUGCACAAGACGCUGACAAUACAGACGGAUGGUUCACUGAACGAGAGCGAGUUUGAGUUUGCAGUGCCGCCAGUAGUCAUGCUCUUUCAGGAUCGCCUCUCCGCACACCGGCAGCGCCAGGUUGCACUGGCCAAGAUCGGCAAGCUGAAGCGCAUCAAGAGCUGGGAGGCGGCGGUCCGCGGAAAGGAGUCGCUGAACCCGGUGUGCAAUGCGCUUGUGUUUCCGUAUUGUGUGCCCAAGAAGAUGCUGGUGCGACCGCGCAUCGUAGACCCACUGAGCGCAAAGAGUAUAACUGAUAGUCGCAGAAGCCGCGAGGACUCGUCAUGA